ACAAAAUUUAAGUGUGUCAGCUGUCAGCUCGUAACUUCAAACGUGACUGUAUAAUUAGGUUAUUAUGACGCAUUAAUAAUUUCUCUAUUAAAAUAAUAUAUUCUUACAUAAAAUUAAUUCCAAUUAUGUUAUUUUUAAGUUUUUGGCAAGUAAUUUAUUCUCUAUUAUAAAAUCCUUUAAAUUUAACAUUUUAAUAGUACGUUUGUUUCAACAUGACCUCUCUACUACAUUUGCAUUUUCUCAAGAGAAAUAUUGCUAGUUUGUUGAGAAGAAAUUCUAGAAGUAUUCAGUUAUUUCUUCAGGUAACAUCUUCUAGUGAUUGCCAUUUCGACCAUCAUGAAAGUGUUCCACCACUCAACCAAGGUUUAACAGCAGAAACUAAUGGUGUUCAUUCUUCAUCGAGUGCUUGUAUUUCUGAAACUGCAGCUUUCGAACAUUGCAUUCAAAAUGAUUUCAUGACGGAUAACAGUAAUGACCACGAAGUUUUAAAUGGGAUGGCUGCUGCUUCCAACUCAGAAAUAUCACUGGAUGAAAAUGAAAUUGAAGAUCAAGAUUCUUCUAUUAGUGAGUUAUCUGGCUUAAGUGAUUUAUCAAAUUUUAGCGAAGACUGGAAUGCAUCUUCGGGUUCAAUGAAUUGGGUUCAGCGGCAAAUGGUUAGUGGUAUGGAUCCUAGAUUGAUACUAAAUGAAUUGCUCCCAAAAGGUACAUUCGUUCCACAAAAUGUAAAUGAUGGUCUUCUGUGGAGAUUUAUUGUCAAUAUGCUAAACGAACCCAAACGUUCCAAGCUGACUAAUGUUAACACAUUAGAUGACGCUGUUCAACUUUUGAAAACAUGCAGAAAUGUAAUUGUUUUAACUGGUGCUGGGGUGUCUGUGUCUUGUGGCAUCCCAGAUUUUCGUUCUAAAAAUGGUGUAUAUGCACGCUUAAGUAAAGAUUAUCCAGAUCUACCAGAUCCUCAAGCUAUGUUUGAUAUUAAUUAUUUUCGACGAGAUCCUAGGCCUUUUUUCAAAUUUGCUAAGGAAAUCUAUCCUGGACAGUUUGAACCAUCUCCUAGUCAUAGAUUUAUUAAAGUUCUUGAAAAGCAAAACAAAUUACUUAGAAAUUAUACUCAAAAUAUAGAUACUUUAGAACAUGCAGCAGGAAUACAGAAUGUUAUUACUUGUCAUGGUUCAUUUGCUACAGCAACUUGUACUGUAUGUAGUUAUAAAGUAGAUUCAUCUGUUAUUAAAGAAGAUAUUUUUAAUCAGAGGAUUCCAUAUUGCCCUAUUUGUCCAGCAGAAGCUGGUACCAGAGGUAUUAUGAAACCUGAUAUAGUUUUCUUUGGCGAAGGAUUGUCUGAUGAAUUUCAUGAUGCUUUGGCUCACGAUAAAGAAACUUGUGAUCUUCUAAUUGUCAUGGGUUCUUCUUUGAAAGUACGGCCAGUUGCAAUGAUUCCUAGUUCUAUACCAACUAAUGUUCCACAGAUUUUAAUUAAUAGAGAACCUUUAAAACAGCUAAAUUUUGAUAUAGAAUUACUUGGAGAUUGUGAUGUCAUUAUAGGUGAAUUGUGUCGAAGGUUGGAAGAUGAAUGGAAAAUUGAUGAUACCAUACCUCGUCAACAUUUAAAAGAAAUUAAUGCCCUUCCACCUCCAUCUGAUCUUCCGCCUCAUAAUGAGGACACUUCUGCAGAUUGUCAAAGUGCAGCUGAAGUAAAUAACAACCACUCAAUUACCACCGGUGAAUCACGUAACUUACCACAAAACGAUGAAAGCAACAGCUGCGAAUACAAAGGUCUGUCAGCCAUUAAACUAGAUGAUAGUGAAGACGGCUCCAAUCAAGAGAAACCCCUCACUGAUCCUUGUUCUACUAAUCAAGAAUUACCUGAGUUAGGAAAUGCAUAUUCCAGUUUCUGGCCACUCAGUAGUAGGGAAAGUUUAUCAAAAAGAUUGCCUGAUAAGAGUUUCUUGUACUUUCCUCCAAGUCGUUACAUAUUUGAAGGUGCCGAAGUUUAUCAAGACGAAGAUGACGAUUGUUGUAGCACAUCCACCGAUUAUUCAUCAGAUAGCGAUUCUCCCUCAAGACCUACAACUUCUGAAAAUCUUCCCACUGAAGAAGUAAUGCAUCAAAAUCAGUUUACACCUCUGGAUGACGUUCAUAUCCAAUCACCUGUUGUCAGUGAAAAUACAGACUCUGGACAUCCUAGUGAUAGUCCCAAAACAUAGAAAAUACUUAUUUCAAUAUUAGUUGUAAAAUAUAACUGCAGUUUUAUUGUAAUGAUUUUCACUGAUUUAUGUAAAAGUAGACCAGUACUGUUAACCUUUCUAUUCAUUUUAAAAGUAUUAGUAAUGGAUAAAAAAAAUGUUUUUAAAAGUAUCCUUGCAUUUCAAUGCUAUCAUUAAUAAACCUGUCCACGUGCAUCAAAUUUUUAAAAAGAAAAAAAUAUUUUUAAGGUAUAAAAAAAGAUGUUGGAUUUGUUGCAUUACUAUUGCUAUGCUAGUUUGUUAUUAAAAAUCUUAUUAAUUGCAAUUCAUAAAAUAUAAGGAAAGUGAUUGGGAAUUUCGUCCAGGUGUUAUUGAAUUGAUUGCUGUAUUUAUUGCAAAAAUGUAUAGAGGACAAUCAUGCUAUCCUUAAUCCUAAAUCUAAAAAUAAUAAUGCCUGCAAGUUGUACAUAAUAUUUCUAAAUUUUCAUCUCCAUAGCAUGUUAUCUGUGCAGUUAAUUUUUACAACUGUUUAAUUUUUAAAUUUAAGUUUUUAUUUUUCUUAAAAAUUGAAGUAUCUAAUUAAAAAACUGGUCCAUCUAAAAAGAAAUUAUUUAUUCAAAAUAAAAAGAAAGAAAGAAAAAUACUUUUUGUGAUGUUUUAUAUUGAAAACUUGUGUUUGUGUUAAGAAAGUUGAAAAAAGGAAAAGAAUUUGUGAUAUUGGACUCUUAAAUCAUUUUGCAGAAGGAAAACAGAGUUAUGAAAAAGGUUUCUUUUUGUGUAUAAUAGAAAGCUGUGUGACGUAUUGUAUGGCUUUUCAAUCUGUAAUUAUUCAAUAAUAGGUUUUAUUUUUUGCACAUUUGUACAUAAACUCAAACGUUUGCUCUUUAAUGUAUGCAAAUAUUAAUGUAUCAUUUCUGCACAUAUUAAAUUGAGCUAUAGCGUGUAACUUGUGCUUUUUAAUGAUUUUUUUUAUUAUUUUUAUUUAAUUAGUAAAUACCUGCAAUUCAAAGUAAAAUACUAAUUUUGGAUAUUUAUUAUUAUAUUGUGCCAAACAAGAUUUCUGUUUAAUAUUUAUGCUUAUUUUUCCUUUAAUUUCCACACUUUUUUUUUUUAAUGUAAGGAAUUUGUAUAAAACUCAAAUUCAUGUUAAAAAUUGGGACCAAAAGUUUAUUUUUAAAGAUUUAUCAGAUAUGGCAGUUUUACUAAGGAUGCAAAAAUGUAAGAAAAAAUUUGAAACUUCUAUUUGCUAAAUAUAAACAAAUUUCAGAAUUGAUAAAACUAAUCGCUUGUAUUUUAAAAAUUGAUAUUUUUUUCCUGACAAAGCAUUUUUUUUUUUUUAAAUGACCUCUGAAAUGCUUCUUAUUUCAAAUUUAGGGUUACAUUAUAAUGUUUUCCAAGUACAGACCGGACAGCUUUAAUAUAAAAGUAUUGCAUUCGGCUGAAGUUUGCCCUUUUUGAAUUUUAAAUUAGGCUUGUGCUUAUUGAAUUUUCAAAUUUUCUCUUAUAAGCCGAUCACCUUGCACUUCUGUGUGAAAUGACUAUUGCAUUAUCUUUCCCCAUUUUUAAUUGUUACAAGAUUUUGUAACUUGCACAUUACUGUUGUGAAUUUUGGUGAGAUGUUCCUCUUAAAUUUUUUCAUAAUCGUUUCGAAUUGCUUCAGUUUUAGAUAAUAUUUAAUCCUUUUUGUUAAGUUUAUUUUUUUUUUAACUUCUAAGUGUAAAAAAUAGCUUCAGUUGCAGUGAGAAAUGGUGCAAUGUUUUAAAACAUGUCAAAGGAAAUAAAUUGUUCUUGAGCAUGUUUUAAGUGUGAUAAAGAUUUCAUGGGAAAGGACUUAGAAUCCUCCUCCUUUUUUUUUUCGCGCAUUUGUAUUUUGUCAUUUUUUUUUAUUUUAAAAACUUGAUUUUUAAUCGGUCUUUCUGUCCUAUUUUAUAUAAAAUAUUUGUGCUUACUUUUAAGUUUUUCAAGUGUUGUGAUUGCUUUCACUAAGUUUUGAUUCUGUUACAUUUUGCUUAUUUUUUUUUAAAAUCUGUACAUUCUGUGAAACAAUCUGCAUAAAUGCUAAUGGAAAACAUAUUUCUGAUCAUCACUUCAUUAUCUUAUUGUAUAUAAUCAUUUUUGCUCUUUGUUAUAAUGACAUUUCUUGUUUGAGUUUGUACGCAAAUAAUAGCUUGCAAUUUUGGAUUUCCCAAGUGAUAAAUAUAAUUUCACUAAAAACUGAAUAAAUUUAAACCUUCUUAACAUAUUUUCAAAAAGAUUAAAAAUGUAUUUCCCCCUUUUUCACCCCGCACAAGAUGGCACUAAUUUUAACUGAAAAUUUUGUCUUCACGGAAUAUUAUCAAUAAUUUUCUAACCAUAUGAAAACAUGGAAUUUUGUGUUACCAUUUAAUUGUAAUAGGAAAAUAUUUCGUAGUGUAUUUAUGUUAAAAUUAUUCCUUUUUUAGUGAAAGCUUUGGUUUGUCUCUUGGUGAAAGAAAAUCUGAGGUGACAAAAUGGAUAGGUUUUGCCUGCCUAAAUUGUACAGUUUUAAUGAAUAUUCUUCUAUAUAAUAUAUUUUCUGUGUUAUUUAUUUAUAAUUUAGUUUUGUAAAUGUCGCUUCUGUAUUUCUUUUUAAAAAUUUUAUUUUGUUCAAAUUCAUCUGAAUGUUAAACAUAACUAUCUUUACAUAAGAUUAGUAACUAUUCUCCAUACUAAAUAAAUGUACUUAUCAAAA